AUGCGACAAUCUGCAGUGAUUCUUCUGUCAAAGGGUAAGGAUUCCUCGAGAAUUGAGAAUUGGCGGCCCAUUAGCCUUCUCAAUGUUGAUAGGAAGAUAUUGGCAAAAAUUAUUUUCUGGCGUUUAUCGUCUGUUGCGGGCAAUUUACUUUCUCGCCAUCAGCACUGUUCGGUUCAGGGAAGAAGCACUUUUUCAGCGGUGUUAGCUGUCCGGGAGGCCCUGGAGCGGUGCAGGGCUGCAGGCUGGGGAAAGUUCCUGCUGGCAUUGGAUCAGGCCAAAGCUUUUGAUCGAGUCAAUCAUGAGUACCUAUGGCUGCUUCUUGGCAAGUAUGGCUUGGAGGGGGGCUUUAUCGAUUGGCUAAAGACCUUAUACAGAGGGGCUGAAAGCUUCAUGCUUGUGAAUGGUUGGAUUGGACGACCCUUUGAGGUUGGCUCAGGUGUGCGUCAGGGAUGUCCUUUGAGUCCUCUGCUAUAUGCGUUUGUAAUCGAUCCCUUCAUUCGGAGGUUAGAGAGCGGACCGUUGUGUGGAGUUCCUUUGGGCAUUCCUGGGGAGCCCCCCUCUGAGGGUCGUGGCCUAUGCUGA